UGAAGGGAAGGCAGUGGGAAAGAUGGCGGCGGCCCUGGAACCCUCUGGGUGGUGGCAGCUGUGUCGGCGGCGUUUGUCGGCUCGGGAUGGGUCCAGGAUGUUGCUCCUUCUUCUUUUGUUGGGGUCUGGGCAGGGGCCACGGCAAGUCGGGGCGGGUCAAACGUUCGAGUACUUGAAACGGGAGCACUCGCUGUCGAAGCCCUACCAGGGUGUAGGCACAAGCAGUUCCUCCCUGUGGAAUCUGAUGGGCAAUGCCAUGGUGAUGACCCAGUAUAUCCGCCUUACCCCAGAUAUGCAAAGUAAACAGGGUGCCCUGUGGAACCGGGUGCCAUGUUUCCUGAGAGACUGGGAGUUGCAGGUGCACUUCAGAAUCCACGGACAAGGGAAGAAGAACCUGCACGGGGACGGCUUGGCGAUCUGGUACACGAAGGAUCGGAUGCAGCCAGGGCCUGUGUUUGGAAACAUGGACAAAUUUGUGGGGCUGGGAGUAUUUGUAGACACGUAUCCCAAUGAGGAGAAGCAGCAAGAGCGGGUUUUCCCCUACAUCUCAGCCAUGGUGAACAAUGGCUCCCUCAGCUAUGAUCACGAGCGGGACGGGCGGCCUACAGAGCUGGGGGGCUGUACGGCCAUUGUCCGCAAUCUCCAUUAUGACACCUUCCUUGUGAUUCGCUAUGUCAAGAGGCAUUUGACGAUAAUGAUGGACAUCGAUGGCAAGCAUGAGUGGAGGGACUGCAUAGAGGUGCCCGGUGUCCGUCUGCCCCGGGGCUACUACUUCGGCACCUCCUCCAUCACCGGGGAUCUCUCAGACAACCAUGACGUCAUUUCUCUGAAGUUGUUUGAGCUGACGGUGGAGAGAACCCCAGAAGAGGAGAAGCUGCAUCGAGAUGUGUUCCUGCCCUCGGUGGACAACAUGAAACUGCCCGAGAUGACAGCCCCGCUGCCGCCCCUGAGUGGCCUGGCCCUCUUUCUCAUCGUCUUUUUCUCUUUGGUGUUUUCCGUAUUUGCCAUUGUCAUUGGGCUCAUACUCUACAACAAAUGGCAGGAUCAGAGCCGAAAGCGCUUCUACUGAGCCCUCCUGCGAUCACAACCUCCGUGACUGUCACCCAGGAGUAUGGGAGGAGCAGGCACCGGCCUGAGCACAUAGCCAGGCGGGUCUUCUGUCGUCUCCAGCAGCUGGUCAAGGACUCGGUUCUGUCACUGGAGCUUUGAGUGCAGGGACGCUGCGUUCCCAUGGUCACCCAUGAGGACGUCUAACUCGAUCAGGAAGCCCACCCCGCCGGGCGACGCUACUGUGACAUGCCUUUCCCCGCAGUCCUGCCACUUGGGAGCAAAGAGGGACGGAGGGAGCACAGGCCGCCGUGAUGCCAAGACCACCCGAAGGGUGUCGUAGCCCAGGCUGCCUUGUUGUUGGGCUCAGAGGACCCUCGUACUUCAUUCUUAAAUCUGCAAAGACUAGAAAACUGGUAACUCCUCGUACCUUCCAGCCACCUGUCCACGGGUUUUUGCUUCUUGUCUAAGCCUCUCUCCACCUGAGGAACUUCCCUCGGAAAUCUGGAUGGAAACUUCUUCCCUGCCUUGCCUUCCUCUCCCUCCAUUCAUUGUCCUCUGCAGAUGCAGCCUGAGCUGGAAAAGACAUCUGGCUGCCUCUCUCUUGGGGCCUGGGGCUGCACAACAAACUUGAGUUCCACUGACCCUCAUUAGGUGGCCGUAGGGAGGGGGCGUUCUGCUGGGGCUCACUGCUCUGGCCUUUGUUCUUGCGGGUGGAUCUUGGUUCUGUUGGUGUGUUCAUGACCCUCCCAGUUAGGUCCCUUUAGGCCCUCAGCCAGGUUUGGCUGAAAGCUGGUGUGCAGGUCAAGAGAAGCUUGGGAGACGUCACGGAUGCAGUGGGACUAACUGUGAAACUGACUGCUCCGCGUUUUGACACCGAAAGCGGCACCUGUCACAUGAUCUGACCACGUGGAGAUGUUUCUGGACUCUCUGGAAGCCUGCUUAGCUGCAUGUCUUGUGUUCAUCAUAAUUUUUGGAAUCCUACUUAGAGUGUUCAAAAUGUAAGGAAACUUUGUUCUUAUGGCCUGAGCUUGGAUACUCCCCAAAGAGGAAACCUGGCUUCUCUUUCUUAACGGAUAAGGAAUGGUUGUUGUAAAUCUGGAAGCAGUAGACCCCCGUCAUCUGUGCCUGGAAGAGUUCAUUGUCAUUUGAGCAGCCGAGCCUGAGUGUCCUCUGUGGGUCAGCCCUGAUUCCACUGCCUUACCUGUUGAGGGGUCACGUGCUGCUCACCUGUCUGCCCUGUGAUUCCAUUGCUAACAGGCUGGAGGCUCCCUGGAGGGCUUGGACUCUGAGCUCUCCCAGCCCUGUGCUUCUGUAGCCUGAGGGAAAGUCUGAACAUGGCUGAUGGAAACCAAA